UAUUUAUGUGUCAGCCUUCUUCAUCCGAAGACUUGGAGAAACGUCUCGGACCUGCGACCCCCCGCGCGUGAGGCACGGAAGGGCUGGGUCUCCCAACAACAUGAUUAUCCAUUAAACUCCAAACUUUUCCCUUUUUUUAGCCCAAAGAAUAUCGGUGAUUUUUGUCCACUACUAGGAAAAGAAGAGUGAGCCCAGAGCUCCUGGAAUUCAGCAGAGUCCUUAUUUAUAAACAAGCCCGCGGUAGUGAUAGGCAAAACCCCUCUCCUGCGUGAAUUUUCUACCCUAUGGAUAUUGAGCGUGAGUUUUGAGACUGGCGAGCCGCCCCGCCCUGGGUCCAGCAGCCUCCGUCCUUUCAAUGCCUGAUCUUCUGUGGGUCAGCUGGCCUUCCCUGAAGAUCAGAGCCGUCCUCUGUGUCAUGGGCUGUAUUCAGAGCAUCGGCGGCAAAGCCAGAGUCUUCCGGGAAGGCAUCACGGUGAUCGACGUGAAAGCCUCCAUCGACCCCAUCCCCACCAGCAUUGAUGAGUCCUCCAGCGUCGUCCUCCGCUACCGGACACCCCACUUCCGUGCCUCUGCCCAGGUGGUCAUGCCACCCAUCCCCAAGAAGGAGACCUGGAUUGUCGGCUGGAUCCAGGCAUGCAGCCACAUGGAAUUCUACAACCAGUAUGGCGAGCAGGGCAUGUCCAGCUGGGAGCUCCCAGACCUCCAGGAGGGCAAGAUCGAGGCCAUCAGCGACUCGGAUGGGGUGAACUACCCCUGGUACGGCAACACCACAGAGACCUGCACCAUCGUGGGCCCCACCAAGAGAGACUCCAAGUUCAUCAUCAGCAUGAACGACAACUUCUACCCCAGCGUCACGUGGGCCGUGCCCGUCAGUGAGAGCAACAUUGCCAAACUGACCAACAUCUACCGGGACCAGAGCUUUACCACGUGGCUGGUGGCCACCAACACCUCGACCAACGACAUGAUCAUCUUGCAGACGCUGCACUGGCGGAUGCAGCUCAGCAUCGAGGUGAACCCCAACCGGCCCCUGGGCCAGCGGGCGCGGCUGCGGGAGCCCACCGCCCAGGACCAGCCCAAAAUCCUGAGCAAGAACGAGCCCAUCCCGCCCAGCGCCCUGGUCAAGCCCAACGCCAACGACGCCCAGGUGCUCAUGUGGCGGCCCAAGUACGGACCCCCGCUGGUGGUGAUCCCACCAAAGCACCGGCAACAACCAAGACCCCGCUAGGUUAGACUCACAAAAUAAUAACACUGCUCAGAAUGGACCCCGACACUCUGUCAUUCAGCAAAAUACAACCAUUCUACCUUUCCCAGCGGGACGGAUCUCACUGUGCUAUAGCGCCCAGGGUGGCCUCACCGUGCCCUCCUGCUACCUGCUUUCCUGCAGGGAGUGGGGGAGGGAGGCCCAAACGGGACAGACAAACCCUACAUGUGCCCUUCCGUGUCACCUCCACCCUUCUGCCCCCCCCUUUCAUUCUCUCCCAACAGACCCCCCCAAACCACUGCUCUUCCUCGUUCUUUUUCUUUCUCCUCUUGGUACCGCCUCGCUGUGAGGCUCGGGGGGCGGGAGGAAGAGGAGCCACGAGGCAGGAAGCUGGGCCCGGGGGUCCAUCAGCUGUGCCCGCGCUGCUGGGUCACUUGCCCAGUGUAAGGGUCUUCCUGGGCCCGGCUCUCCCUCCGUCACGCGGCCUUAUGCAGACUUGCUUUGCCAAACUUUUGCCUUAAGCUGAAUUUCAAGGGAAAAACAGGAUGGGGCGAGGAGGCGGGAACUCCUACUUCCUGGGCUUUUUGUCUCUGUCCCAGGGGAAGAAGGGGGGCUUGGGUCUGAGAGGGAUGGAGGGGGAUUUGGGACCCCUUUUCCUGGUUGCCCUGGAAGGGGGAUAGACUGACCCCGUCCAAAGCCCCACCUUCUUCCCCUAGCUGAGCCUCCCCCACCCCACCCCCUGGUCCCUGUAGAGAGGGGCUGUGAGCUCUGGGUCUGCCUGGGACCCUCUUCUCCUCUCUCUCCUCGGCAGCCUUAACUUGCCUUGGGUGGGUCUGGGAGGAGGAGGAGGGUCCCAUGAGCUGGGGGAACUUCACCAUGUGGGUCUUUGGUGCCCUCUGAGGCCCCUAGCACCCCCUCACAGUGAGGGGGUGCCCCUUUUCCAUCUGCACUUGUCUGGCAGACCUGGAAGGCCCACAGGGGGCUGCCCCAGGGUGAGAGAGCAAGGUAAGGCCCCUUCUUGCACCUGUGGCUCCUCGCCUUCCCUCGCUGUCCUCGGUGGACUAGUGGACAAGACAGCAGAUGGGGGGCAGGGCUCUGGCUCCUCCUUGGGGAUGCUCUGGGCUCUCGGGGGUAGGGCAAGCAGACAGGGCAUAUGUCCACACUGAUGAGUGUGUGUGUGUGUGGGGGGGGGGACGGUGGCACCAGAAGAGGGCCCCCAAACCACAGGUGGUCCCAGAGCUGGGGAAUCAGCCCUCUGCUGCUCACCACCCCUCAGGACUGGCCAGGUAGGAAUGAGUCCAUAGCACAGUAGCAUUGGAGUCCCCCUUCCGCCCUCCCCACCGGCCUGAGUCAGCCCAGUGGAAGCCCAGGGACACCGGUUAGAUCCACCCUCCCUUGGUCCUGGGCUCUUCCGAGCCCUGGGACUUCGUCUAAGGUUUUGGAGCAAUGUCAGGAGCACUUUGAGGACCCCCUGCUCAAGCCACAUUCCUGCCAGCUGGCCCAAACCUGUAGCCACAUCGCCUGGAAGCACCGGCUCCCCCCACUCCAAACCAAGAACCACCAAGCACAGAAACCCGCCGAGGAGCUCUGGACUCCGUGUCUGCUGCCGAUGGGACCCCUGGGAGUCACAAGGACACCAGGAGGGGUGUGAGGCCCCCUGCCUCCUUCCUUGCUCGUUCAUGGGUGCUUCGUGGCCCCUCCCCGGUCUCCUAAGCCAGCUAGCGUCCCAGGACUUUCAGGAGCCAUCCAGAAAUGAGCCAGGCUGGGAACACUGGGCGUCACUAGGGUGGACAGCAGGUAUGGUGCUUAGGGAGCCCCGAGUUGUGACCGGGAUCCCCCCCCUCUGGGAACGGCUGUGCCCCCUUUGUGUGUGUGAGGCCUGGGCCACCAGAGAGGCUGUAGUCUCGCAUCGGGGAAGGUGGGGUCCCCAGCUCCCCUUCUGAGGUUGGGGGUGGGGUGACUGUCACCGUGGCGAGACCUGGCCUUUACCUGGAAUGGCCCUUCUUUGUACUCAGGUGUGUCUUGCCCUAAAGAGGCGCAAGGCCCACAAGCCAGGGUCCUAGCUCUGUGUGGGGUCAUUGCUAGGGGGCUCUUAUUGGGGUGGCGGUGGGAGAGAACAGUGGGGUGUGUCCUGAGCUGUCUGAGAGCUCCCCCAGCCUGCACAGCUCUGAGGCAGGGGACAGCAUCUGCCCUGGCUGCCUCUGCUGCUGCCUGUACCCCACAUGCUUGGCGUCCAGCUGCCCCUGACCCAUCUCUCCAUCGCCUCCUGGGCCCCUUUCUCUCCUGCCUCUCUGAAGACCCCUGCAAAGGCUUCGGGUCCCACCGAGGCUGCUCAGCUGAGCCGGGGCCUGGUGCCCAGCCUCCUUCCUCACGCUGGGAGCACCCUGGCGUUCUGGACACUCGCUCCUCUUCCUGCAAUAAGAACUGCCCUCCGUCACAAGAGGACUGUGAAAUCAAACCCAUGCACUUACCAGGAGGCACCAGACUCUUGACAGAAAAUGUAAACUGAGAUCUUUUUUAAAAAAAAUACAAAGAGAAAUAAAAUGUAAUUUUGAAGUA